CGCCAAUGAGCGCGCUUGACCCUGAAGCAUCUGCUGGAGAUCACAGUGACGCGCACACGCAGGAGGCAUCACGCACACUGUAUCCCUGGUGCGCCAAACCUCCUAUUAUAUAACCAGCUACAAGAUGUCCAAGCCACUGACGGACCAAGAGAAGAGGAAGCAAAUUUCCGUGCGAGGUCUCGCCGGGGUUGAAAACGUCGCAGACCUCAAGACCAAUUUUAAUCGCCAUCUGCACUUCACUUUGGUUAAGGACCGUAAUGUUGCAACGAAGCGCGACUACUACUUCGCCCUGGCGCACACCGUCCGCGACCAUUUGGUGGGAAGAUGGAUCCGGACGCAGCAGCAUUACUACGAGAAAGACCCUAAACGUGUGUACUAUCUCUCUCUGGAAUUCUACAUUGGACGGACUCUUCAAAACACCAUGGUAAACUUAGCUUUGGAGAAUGCCUGUGACGAGGCCAUCUAUCAGCUGGGUCUGGAUAUGGAGGAGCUGCAGGACAUGGAGGAGGAUGCUGGCCUGGGCAACGGAGGCCUUGGUCGACUGGCAGCUUGCUUCCUGGACUCCAUGGCAACCUUGGGCCUGGCAGCGUAUGGAUAUGGAAUCCGCUAUGAGUUUGGAAUCUUUAAUCAGAAAAUCGUGAAUGGCUGGCAGGCGGAGGAAGCGGAUGAUUGGCUGCGUUAUGGCAAUCCUUGGGAAAAAGCCCGGCCUGAAUACAUGCGCCCUGUGCAUUUCUAUGGUCGAGUGGAACACCACCCUGAUGGAGUGAAAUGGGUGGACACACAGGUCGUCCUUGCCCUUCCCUAUGACACACCUGUCCCAGGAUACAGAAACAACAUUGUUAACACUAUGAGGCUCUGGUCUGCCAAAGCUCCAUGUGAAUUCCACCUCAAAGACUUUAAUGUUGGUGGUUACAUCCAGGCCGUUCUGGACAAGAAUCUCGCUGAGAACAUCUCCCGUGUGCUUUACCCUAAUGACAAUUUCUUUGAGGGGAAAGAGUUGCGUCUGAAGCAGGAGUAUUUUGUGGUGGCUGCGACUCUCCAGGACAUCAUCCGCAGGUUCAAAGCCUCCAAGUUUGGCUCAACUGAGGUGGUGCGCAUGGAUCUGACCACACUGCCAGAUAAGGUUGCUAUACAACUGAAUGACACUCAUCCUGCAAUGGCCAUCCCUGAACUGAUGAGAAUACUGAUGGAUGAUGAGAAAUUGUCCUGGGACACGGCUUGGGACAUCAUUGUGCGUACUUGCGCAUAUACUAACCACACUGUCUUACCAGAAGCUCUGGAACGCUGGCCUGUCGACCUGUUCCAAAACCUCCUGCCCCGUCACCUAGAGAUCAUCUACGAGAUUAACCGACGUCACCUGGAGCGGAUCUCUGCGCUCUACCCUGGUGAUCAUGAUCGUUUGAGACGCAUGUCUCUUAUUGAGGAGGACGGGCAGAAGAAGAUCAACAUGGCCCAUCUCUGCAUCGUUGGCUCUCACGCAGUCAAUGGCGUGGCACAAAUCCACUCAAACAUUAUUAAGGACACUGUUUUUAAGGACUUCUAUGAUGUGGACCCACAGAAGUUUCAGAACAAGACCAAUGGUAUCACUCCUCGUCGCUGGCUUGUCAUGUGCAACCCAGGACUGGCUGAGGUUAUCGCUGAGAGAAUUGGAGAGGAAUACAUCCGUGACCUGAGCCAGCUGAAGAACCUCUUAAAGUUUGUGGAUGAUGAUGCUUUCAUUCGAGACAUUUCCAAAGUCAAACAGGAGAGUAAGAUGAAAUUUGCGAUGCAUCUAGAAGAACAAUACAAGGUGACGAUUAACCCACACUCCAUGUUUGAUGUUCACGUGAAGAGGAUCCAUGAAUACAAAAGACAGCUGUUGAACUGUCUGCACAUCAUCACCCUCUACAACCGCAUCAAGAAGGAGCCCAACAAGGCCUGGACUCCUAGGACCAUUAUGAUUGGAGGAAAGGCCGCUCCUGGGUAUCACACAGCUAAGAUGAUCAUCAAACUUAUCACAGCAAUUGGAGAAGUGGUAAAUAAUGAUAGUGUGGUGGGAGAUCGUCUGAAAGUCAUCUUCCUUGAGAACUACAGGGUUACACUGGCUGAGAAAGUCAUCCCUGCAGCUGACCUGUCCGAGCAGAUCUCCACAGCAGGAACAGAAGCUUCUGGAACAGGCAACAUGAAGUUCAUGCUGAAUGGAGCUCUGACCAUCGGCACCAUGGAUGGGGCUAACGUGGAGAUGGCAGAAGAGGCGGGAGAAGAGAACUUCUUUAUCUUCGGCAUGAGAGUGAAGGAUGUGGAAGCUCUGGAUAAGAAAGGAUAUGAUGCCAUGGAGUAUUAUAACCGCAUUCCAGAACUAAAGCAAGUCAUGGAUCAGAUCUCUGGAGGAUUCUUCAGCCCUGGAGAACCUGAUCAGUUUAAAGACAUUGUUAAGAUGCUGAUGCACCAUGACAGGUUCAAGGUGUUUGCUGACUAUGAAGACUACAUUAAAUGUCAGGAGAAAGUCAGCGCCCUGUAUAAGAAUACUAAAGAAUGGACCAAGAUGGUCAUCCACAACAUUGCUGGUUGUGGCAAAUUCUCCAGCGACCGCACCAUCGCCCAGUACGCUCGUGAGAUCUGGGACAUGGAGCCUAGUCUGGAGAAGAUCGCAGCCCCAGACGACCCCCGCUAAGUCGUUCCACAGCAUCAAAAUCUUCCAUCUGUUGUAGCUGUUCUCACAUUCAGUUUAUCUACCAUUGUGACGAUGUAUAAAGGUGAUUUUAACAUUGACAUGUCAUAGGAGAUGUUUCUCCAUCCAGAAUACCUCACAACCCUGCUCCAGCGACGAGCUGUCAGCGCAUCUAGCUUUGUGGCAUGUUAAUAAUAUACAGUAUGUGUUGGUGUAAGAAUGUUAAGUUUUUUUCUGUGAAAUAUUAUGAAAAGAUAUGAAGUAUUUGUCUAUCCAUGCCAGCAGAACAGCACAGCCUCAUCCUGGAGAACCGAACAUACACUGUGAGGGCAAAGUAUAGCAAAAACCUUUAUUUUGCUACAUAUCACAGCAUGAUGAUGACAAAGUUGUGGCAAAAUGUUUGAAUUUUGAAUCACUUAUACUCUAUUUUAGUUUUGACAAGCAGUUAUUACGUGAACAGUUUGGGCUUUAAUGACUUAAAAAUGGCACAAUAUAAAAUACCUGUCUGUCACAUGUUCUGACUUCGUAAAAAGACCUGCCUUAACCAUACAAGUGUUGUUUGUGUAUGUUUAGGUCUAAAUCUCUGCCUGUCUUUCAUUGGCCUCUUGAUGCUCAUGACUUGUUCUUUCACCCGCAGAGCUCCUCACUUUAGCACAUUAGGCAUGAUCUGUCACUUUUGUCCUCAUGAAGUGUUGUAUUCUUUCCACAUAUACUGUUGUAACUCUGGACUGGUUUUCACACCACAUAAAAUAAGACCUGCAGGAAUGAUGGGGCCCUGCAGAAAACUUUGCUUGAAUCCAGUGAGGUAGCAAAACUAAUAUAGCACUGAAGUGUGAUUCUCUAUACCGACCAGGCUGCGUUCAAGACCCUGACAUGUAUUUACUCUGAUAUAUUGUGAUAGACUUAUAUAUUUAGAAUAGGAAAUUAAUGUAUGGUGCAGUGCUUUUGGAAUUGCAAA